UAUAUGCCUUGUUUACAUUUGGACAUGAUUUAUUAGUUCAGCUGGGGAUAGAUACGGAUACAUUCAAAAUACGUCGAUAGUUAUUAUACUGAUAAAAUAUGUUAUUGCUAUGAUGAUACAAUAGAAUAAUGGCGGCGUUACGGCAGUAUAAGCCUAUAUCUUUUUUAGUCAUUAUAUUCUCUGGCCUGAUUCUUGGUCAGGAUGUUGGAACAAACCUAGAGAAGUUAGACCCUGAAGUAAACAUGGAUGCAAUACAAUUGAUCACAAGUAAAGGAUAUCCAGCGGAGGCUCAUUAUGUAAACACAAGUGACGGCUUCAUUCUGGGCUUACAGAGAAUUCCUUACGGGAGGAAUGAAAAACCCCCAACGAAAAGCCGUCCAGUUGUGUUCUUACAGCACGGGCUACUGGCCUCGUCAACGAACUGGCUAACGAACCUGAGAAACGAGAGUCUAGGUUAUAUCCUCGCUGAUGCGGGAUUUGACGUGUGGUUAGGAAAUAUACGUGGUAAUACGUAUUCCAGAAAUAAUUCGCAUCUGAAACCUUCUGAGGAAGCGUUUUGGGAAUGGAGUUUUGAUGAGAUGGCCGCAAUUGACUUACCAUCAAUGGUGGACUAUGUUUUAAAAGUAACCAAUCAGAAGCAGCUAUCCUAUGUAGGCCAUUCCCAGGGAACCACGAUGGGAUUUAUCGCAUUCUCAAAUAAUCAGCAACUCGCUAAAAAGAUUAACGUAUUUGUAGCUCUAGCUCCAGUAGCCAACGUCACAAACAUGGAAGGCCCAAUACGCGUUCUUGCAAAAUUCAUACCAGAAUUACAGUUUCUUUUUGAUAUACUCGGGGUUAAAGAUUUUUUACCAAACUCGGAGUUUAUUGACUUGAUUGCAGAGGACUUUUGUGACGACCCUGAUGCUGACCUGUUUUGUAGUAAUAUCAUUUUUGUAUUGUGUGGCUACGAUGAGAAAAACCUAAACAAGACGCGUCUCCCAGUUUAUUACACUCACUGUCCAGCCGGCACCAGCGUACAGGAUAUGGUUCAUUGGGCCCAGAUGGUGCAUGAAGGGAAAUUUCAGAUGUAUGACUAUGGAAGACUUGGAAACAUGAAGAAAUACAACCAGACAACACCGCCUCCAUAUUCUGUGGACAAAAUGAAUGUUCCGGUCGCUCUUUAUUCCGGCGGCGAAGACUGGCUUGCAGAUCCUACUGAUGUAAGCAAUCUAAUACCAAAACUUAAGAAUGUAGUACGAAACCUCAAAAUAAAGGACUACGAUCAUAUGGACUUCAUUUGGGGCAUGGAUGCCGCGGUGAGACUCUACCCAGACGUUAUCAAGGUGCUAAAAAAAUACUCAAAUCAAAUGUGUAACAGAACGGAAUGCAAACUCAUAGGGCAUGGAAAUUUUAGCACAUAGGCCUAGGUCUAAAGCAGGGUAUCAAAAUUGAAAAAUUGUCAGCAAGACAAUGUUGAAUUGUAUUUCUAUACGAUAUACUUGUUUUAUCGUCUGAUUAGCACAUUCAUCCAGACUUUUGCAAAUGCCUCCCCCUCUAUAAUGUGUAUCUUUCCUUCGUAUCCCCCAAGGUACUCACCCAGAGCAACUGUUAAUCAUGUCGACCAAAAACAAUUUUUAGAAAAAAAAAAUUCUAUAUUUUCAGAUGUUUAAAAUAUGGACAAAAAUGUACAUUUUAUUGUAAAUAUUAAGUAAUUGGUUUUAUUUUUGCAUUCGAAGUCGAUUACACUUUUCAGUAUUAAAAACCAUCAUUAUGUUUAUAUGUUGUAUUUAGUUUUAACUGUCUCCAUUUAAUUUUGUGGAAGGUGCUAUUCUUUAUAAUACAGUAUUAUAUCACAAAAUUACUGUUUUGAUAAUAGCUAAAAUAUUAUUUAAGUAUGUAAGCCUAUAUAAUUAUCACAAUGUUUUUCUGAAAACCACAUUAAGGCCAUGGAUGUUUAUGAGUUGGGUGUGUGAACUGAUAAAACCCCAAAUGAUAAAAUGGUUCCCUGAUGAAUAUAUGAUGUUGUUUGUGUUUUGAUUAUGAUUACGUCUGUAUUUUGUUAUUUGUUUUAUAAUGUUAAAUAUGUAUUAAAUAAUGCUAUGACUAGAUUAUUUUGUCAAAGCAUUUGUAAAAUGAAGAAUAGGCCUAUAAAAAUAGAAAACAAAAUGUGAAAUCGAUAUUGCCAAUAUAAGCUGAAAUUAUAAGUAUAACUUAGGCUUAUAUCUUUAUAAAUGUAAAACUAAUCUUAAUUUCAUUUCAUUUAGCUACAGUACUUAGAACGAAAAUGAAUAUAUUGGGCCUUAAUAAAAUAUAUAUUGAGAAAUUGAACCAUUUUGAGUGUUCAUCUGCACCUAA